GACGCUGACCUGUUUGUGCGUACGCACCAUCUGUGUAUUAAGAAGACGACACAAGAAACCCUCAAUCUGUCUUCUGCUCCUUCAGUUUUUGGAAGUCUUGCAUGGGAAUUUUGGCUAUGAGAAUGUAAAAGCAAAGUGGAUGACCAAAGGAUGAAUUUUGUGGAUGACGUAGGAAGGUCUUGUCCGGCGAACUAAAGCGAUAUUUACGUACCUUGGGAUUAACCCACUGGCUCUCCGCUUCCCGACUUCGGUCCUGACUUGUUUUUUUUUUAUCAACGACACCAACAUGGGCUGUUCCCCUUCCAAAGGCAAGUUGUUUUCCAAGGAACAACAAUCUGUACUUCAAAAUGACAUGGAAAACUCACAAAAGCCUGCCGACCCGGCGACUGCGGAAGAUGAUCAAAGUUGUUCAAAAACGGACAACGAAGAAAACGAAGCAUCAAAGGAGGGAAAUAAUGAGAAAGAAGAUUUGUGUUCCGAAGUGAUCCUGGAUGCCAAGGAAGAAGAACCCACCGAGGAUGAGGAUGAAACAGAGGUGUUACCUGAAGCUGUCGAAGACCUACCACCAAGUGAUGAGAAAAACAACGAGACAAAAGACCCGCCGGUGGAAAAGCCGCGGAAAAACUCAGUUAGCCAAGCAAGGUUUGAAUUCCCACCUCACAUGGUGAGAGCUCACCAAGCGGCCUAUGCCUUCCUCACCCCAAAUAUCUCCAAGUACGAGCUUCUACUGGGUCUUCUGGACCAGGCCGCCCAGACACAACUGUCCCUCAAACCCAUGAUGUCUGCUUUGGCUCUGCGUUUUGAGGAGAUCAACCAAGCCCUGGAGGAGAUGGCCGAGGAAGGGGAGCUGAUGCUAAAAGAGCACGGUGACUAUUUAACCUCCGCGUUAAUCAGUCAAUGCGGAAUCCCUGCUCCGCAUAUUGCGCACCACCCCUCGGAGCCUCCUUUGGAUCUGUUACAGCAGCUCCUCCAGCAUUCCACAGAGAAGAUGAAGCUGGUGGGCGGCUCGGUACAAGCGCUGGGUGACAGCACUCUUGAAGAAGCCGUGGAGUGUUCUUCGUCUCUGUCCAAACUGUUGGUGGAGAAACUGCAAGUCAAGCAGGAGAUGGAGAAGAGACUGAGCCAGGUGUUGGUACAAGUGGAACGGGCCGCCGUGAGGAAGUUCUCCCCUGAGGAUACGGCUCUUCACAGCGAGGAUAGCGGUAUCGGCGGAGAGAAUGAAAGUUUGACGGGCUCUGAGAGGCGUCACCGUGGGAGUGCAGGUUCUGGAGGUUCUGGAAUGAACCUGUGCAGUGCUCUGGUAGGCCAGGAUGAGGAUGAUGUCGAGGACGACGGAGAUAAGGAGGAUAUGCUUGGAAGAAAAAGAUCCAACUCGUGUCCUCCUGAUCCCACCCAAACUCUUUUGUUCAUGUGUGCGGAGAACACCAAACCAGAACCAGUUUCCAUGGUGACUGAACUAGAAAGGAGAGAGAACUGGGACCAGCCGAUGACAAAAACGGCAACAACGGAAGCUAAAAAAGACUUAGUGGGAACACGUAGUACUUUUCCAUUCGGAAUGAGACGUCACUCAACAUGUGGUCUACAGAGUUUUCAAAAAGACUCUUGGAAGUCGGCUAAAUCGGCGGAUUCCUUACCGAUAACAGCCCCCCGGCCACCCAAGCGCAACUCGGUUAGAAAGCUCAUCAGUACAUUUAGUCAAGGGGCGGAAGGAAGACCAGGCCGGAGUCUUGUUCAUGCCGCACCGCUGAUCCGAAGACCAAAGAAACACGGCGGCAUUGUUUCAUCUGACGUUGCGAACACAGACGAUCAGGGUUUGAUGAGGUGGUCUGAAGGCAAAGAGGAUCUUGACUUAGAAACCCUUCCCCCACCGCCUCCGGAAGUGCUAUUGGAUAAUUCUUUUCAAAGUAACCAAAAUGGACCCCAUGAAGCCUCAGACCUGCAUUUUCCUCCCAUUAACCAAAAUCCUGGAGUUCCCCACCGCUUGAGGGCAUGUGUUCAGAAUCUAGACGUGUUACCGAACCGAUCGAGCUUAAGACCGAGAUUUAGAAUGCAGGAUGUAGUACAACAACCAGAUACUAAUCUCAGACCAGAACUAGGAAAGGGUACUACCGCAGGUAAUUUUAUCAAAGGCGCUUUACACCAACCAAGAACCGUCCGAAGGUUUGAAAGCAACGUCCUUCAUGAGAGUGAGACAUCCGCAUCCAGUCUGCCAUGGACAGCGCCGCCUGUUUCCAGAGUCCGCCUACAACCCCCUUGCCAGUCGCUACACAGAAGCCAUCCUAUCGGAACACCCGUCAAUCGACCAGUUUCUCCAACAAGCGUCAACUCUGAGCACAUUGGCCCAUCGGUCUCAUUUCAUGCUGCUCGUUCAGUCUUCUGUCAAAGUGGUUCUGAACCACCUCUGGAAGUCCAGUGCUUCCCUAGCCAUGGACGGAGGUCUCCCAAGGUACAACUCCUAGCAGAGUCAAGAACUGUUACAGGAAACCAGAACAACCAAGUAAAGCCAUCACCCAGGAAAUGCUGAGUGACCUUGCUGCAAUAAGGAAGAUCAGCCGCCCCCUGGUCGAGGAUCAUCAUCAUCAUCAUCAUCAUCAUCCAAGCGCACCGUGAUGACGGCCUUAGUGUUUGUGUGGUUUGACGAAAACAAAGCCAUGACUUCUAAAGGAUCUUUCUUAUGUCAUAUUUGUUCAUUUAUAUUUGUUGUUAACUUGCAUUUGUGUUGUUAUGGUAACUACUCUGCGAUGCUUGUAUCAAUAUAAACAUGCUAAACAUCCACAUAAACAAAAGAAAAUUUUAGUGGCGUAAAGUUAAAGAAAGAUUUCUUGAAAGUAGUAAUGUUAUGAAAGCAAACAUAACAGCAAAUAAAGUUGUACUUUUUGGAAAAUUUGUUUGCGGAAAAAGUUAUAAUGUUCAGAGAAUAAAGUCAAAAUAUUGUGGGAAUAAAUAAUUACGAGAAAAUCUUCAGUGCAGUCAUGCUGCACUCACGGUAGUCUCUGCAGCCGGGUUAGCACCGUUAGCGCUUCCGACAAACGGUAAACAUGGUUGAUGCCGUCUUUAUACCGGAACCUUUAUACUGUCUUUUUCACUGUUCACUAUGCAGCUUUGGCUAGAUCUUGGCUUAGCGAAGGGAUGCUCAGAGCUAACAGCUCAUCUCCAGUGUAAACAAAAUAUCCAGCUGUCUCUAGGUAAGUCAGCCCAGGGUGUAAGCGGUUUGUCAUGUCUAGAUAAAUCAUUUUCCACCCAAUAAUAUCUCAGCACAGUUGACUUAUGACUUAAAUAUACAGUAGAUUCUGUGCUACAUAGUUUUUUCCUACAUUCUAAUCGGUCUUUGUGUAUUUUGUGUUAUGUUUAUUUGUCUCUGGAUGUGUUUCUACAUUGGGGUAAAGACAGCUCAGUCGGUAAGACAUGAUGAUUGAGAUCCUGCCACAAGUCUCACAAGUCUUCUAUACUGUACAUAACAGUUCUAACGUUUGUAUAUUGUAUUUCGUUGCAGCCGCUUGUGACUUUCUUCGGCUCCAUUUUGGCUUUUUUUUUGCAGCCGUGAUCUAAAGAAAGGCAGAGCCUUGAUGUGAGAAAUUGUUUUGAAUUCAAGAAAUGAGUCAGGAAGGUGGCCGUGUCCGUGUUGAUCACGCUGCUGCAUUGUGUCUUUGGCAACAAUCAAAGUAAACGUAACCUUAAAUGUCAAUUGUAGAAGCAUAAAAACAUUCAUUCAUUUUCUACCGCUUUUCCUCACGAGGGUCGCGGGGGUGCUGGAGCCUAUCCCAGCUGUCUUAGGGCGAGAGGCAGGGUACACCCCAGGUACACCCUGGACAAAUCACACCGCUAUAUAAUAUUAUUAUAGUGAGGAAAGUAAUACAGUGACGUAUUGUACAUUUUAUACUAUAAUAUUAAUUUAUUAUACUAAAAUUACAAUAUUUCUACUUAUAUUAUGUUGUAAAAUAAAUAUAAAUAAUAAAAAUAAACUAAAUAAAUAAUAUUUUGACUAUUUGUAAAAUUCUGUAAUUAAAAAAAAUUCUAAGUAAAAUUACUUAUAAAAUGUGCCACAGGCUGCAAAUGGCCCCUGGGCUACACUUUGAACACCCCUGAUUUAUCCAUUUAUCACAACAGACUUGAAUUAUGACCGGGGUGGAUCAUUUAUUUUUGAAAAUGAGCCAGAAAUGUCUCCCUUUAUCCAUCAACAUUGCAUAUGUAUGUACAGGUACAAUUAGAGGCAAUUAGAAGAGUGUCCUCUUCUCCUCUCUCAUCAGUCCUGUCUGGUGUGUCGUCCAGACACGUCCUCUGACGUCACUCCCACUUGGAAGUCUUCCUCCUCAUCAGUUUCUCUCCAUCGCUGUCGAUGGCUUCGUAAAGCUGCUGGUCAUCUUUCAUUGCAUGCAAAUAGCCCAGAUAUGCAACACACAAGCUGAUGGUAACCAGUCCAAAGGCCAUCACUGGUUUAUUCUGGGAAAAGAUACCACAUGUCAAUUAUGAGAUAAAUUACAAACAACAAGUGAACCUAAGUGAAGUUGUCGACAUAGUUAACAGGGAAGUACAGUAUUCCAAUUGACACACAGCAAAUAUGGAGAGAUGUAUCGUUUCUUACAGGCUUUAUGAAGAGUUCUGGGUUGACAACGCGGAAGAGUGUGGUGGUCUGAGCACCCCUCAAACCGGGGGUCCUGUGGUGGUUUUCUGCGGCAGUCUCCGUUCCCUUACUGACCUCCUUAGGUGACAUGUCAGUACACUUGCCUGUUUGGCUCGAAAAGCGCUUCCACUUCCGCCUUUUUUCUACAAUUUCCGGCAGACUCGGCA